GAAUGUCACACCUACGUUUUAUGUAGGUAUUAGGUAGUUUAUUUUGACCCUUACGUGAGGUGAAUAAUGAUUACAAAUUAAAACAAACCAAUGCGUGACUACAUUAUAAUAAUUCUAAUUGAAUUCUAGAAACAGCACAAAUAAUCUUUUCAGUUUGUUUGUUUCUUACGUUUACCUAGUACUAUGUCUCGUAUAAUAUUAUUUUCGUAUAAACAAGUACACACCCAAUCUCCGAGAUUAUUUUUCAUACACUUAAUAACAUUUUCUAUUUUUUGAUUUUCAAAACUAUGUGAUAAUCAUGAGAUACAACAAGCAGGAGUUAGCUUCAAUAGCAUCUCAGACGUCACAGAAUUUCGAUCGUGAAGGUGUAAUGGUGAUGAGAGAAAAACAAGACGGAUUCUUUCGUCGUGCUGAAGGAUGUUCGUUACGAUGGUUCCGUUUAAGAGGAAAUCUUUUAUUCUAUUUAAAAGGCUCUGAACCAUGGUAUGAGCCGAUUGGAGUAAUAGUACUUGGACAACAUGUCAUAAAACUUCAGGCAUGUGAUGAGAAUGGGUACUGGCCCUUUCAUAUUGUUUGGGAAAAUGGUGUGUGCUAUAGGUUAGCAACAUUUCAAGAAUCCGAAAGAACACUCUGGGUAAAAUCUUUGCAAAUGGCACCUUAUGAUAUAAUUAGUUCACAAAUUGUAGCACUACGAGAAAAACUGAAUAGGAUAAGACCUAUUGUUGAUGUAUCUGUCUAUAGAUCUCAGAAAGGCAUAGUCUUGGAUAUGAAUGAAGUGCCAUUAUGUGAGUUGGCUUUAUCAUGUGAUAAUUUAUUAUGUGAUACAUAUGGAAGACCUCCAUCUCCAGUUAUUGUUAUUUAUGUACGAUUUUCUAAAGAGCUGUGUAUUAAAUAUGGAUCAACAGAAAUAGUUGAAACUUGCAGUAAUCCCUGCUUUUCAAAGACAGUGUUAUUUCGGGCCAGUGAUGGUCUCACGGGAAAAGCUAUGGUCCGAGUAGUGGUGUAUGAUGUUAAGGAACGAGUUUCAGAAACUGUUGUUCCAAUGGGAUACACAACUCUACAAUUGAGUACAAUACAGGAAUCACAAAGACUUCGAGUAGCUUUAAAAACACGUGAUAAUAAAACAGUCGGUUUUGUAACUGUGAAUGGCUGGAGUCUGGAACCGUCAUGUACAGGAAACAGCCCAUGUCAUACGAAUGAUCGAAAUUACUUAGACAACGCUCAAAAAAUACAGUGCCAUAGAAGAUCUCAGUCAUUGCCACCAAGAUUAGGCUUGAAGUUGAAAUUUCCUUCAUAUGGGAAUAUGUUAAAGCAAAACUUUGUGAAUAGUCACCAUAUGACUUACAAGUUUCAUUCAGGAUUGGGUGGUGAUAUUAAUGUUCACGAAAUUAUGGCCGAACCGAAACUUUGUUAUCAAUUGCCGAUGCAAUUAUUGGAUAUUUAUAUUCAGAGAGAAAAAGAAUUGUUAGAUGAAUUAUUAUCUGUGGGUGAUAUUUGUAGUAACUGGCAAAAUAAACAGCUAGAUCUCGCAAGUAUACAUGUUUCAUUGCUGAAGCACUAUUCGCACUCCAAGAAAUGUUUGCAGCAAGCUGAACAUGCAUACUUCAAAGCAAGUUGUAAGAAAGAUGAUUCGAGUUUAGAGUUUGCACCAGUUAACCUGCACCUUCAAAGAAUGUGGGUCCACAAUGACACGCUGAACAAAACUGGAUUUCAUGACAUUAUUACAGCUGGUGCGUUCGCUGCGCAUACGCAUAAAGCAGAGAGAACUGGGGGCCUUAUUAGAUUAGUACAACAAGUUAAAGACAUAAACAGUACUAAAGCAGCACUAAAUUCAGCGGCGGCGAAUAAAAUACAGACUGAAUAUGAUAAUGUGAUGGCUUUGAGGACGCUCCGAGAUGAAAUUGUAACUGAUAUGGACAGAAUUGUUGUUCUGAUACAAGCGAACCAGUGUAUCGAAGUACGACAUAUUACGGAAGUGAUCAAGACUAAAACGAAAGGGAUGCUAGCCCUAUGGGAACCUCAAGUUAUAGAAGAGUCACUAGCCAUUAUUGGUUGGCCAAAACACGGUUGCAGCGAGGAUAGCGAUAAACCGACGAUAUCGACGAUAAUGCAGCUUACCGAGCAAUUGAGUGUGUUUGACACUGGUUCAGAUUACGAUAUGGACGCUUCGUCGAGCUCCAGCUCGAAGGAAACCACGCCAACCGUAGAGGCACCUUCCUUAUCAUCUAGUGUGCCCAACAUGUGCCACAAUCGCUGUUCCAAACCACAAGACUCAGUGAAGAGUAUCAUAGAGCCAUCAGACCUACAAUUCAAUCACGAUUACUUCAAUAGUAGCGAGCGGAAUAAGCUAAACCACUCGUUCAGAUCAGUGAGGUCGCCAGUUAAAGGAAAAUUCGAUGAUAAAUUCGACGGCAACAGACCGAGGCAUGGAAGUUUGCGGCACGACUUUAAGAAUUCCUCAUCUCUGGAGCAAGUCUCGUAUCGGUGCCUCAUGGAAAGUUUGAGCAGAAGCAUGAAGCGAAAGGUAAAUAGUUCCGAUCCAAAAGAGUCACCGCUGCCGAGUAUUGGUCAGAUCGAUUCGAGUACGAGGGAAACGAACCUGGCCUAUUUGAAGAAUUUCGCCACCGAAGUCGAAGCUAGCUUAACAAGCGUUGUCGAAUCUGUUAUCACAAUAAUCGAGUCAAAUAAAGAUGGUUUAGAGGAGCAAUUGGAGCCGCUAAGGGCGCUCACGGACGAUUUCAGGAACAAAGCCGAGUCCCUUAUCCAUUGGGCGCGUAUAUCUCACGCGGCGCUGCGAUUGCGUUGCGAGUCGCCCGUUUGGGCGCGAGACCACGCCGCCUUACAAACACGCAGGGACACGUGUUUUUCUCAAGCGCUGGCAACGGCAACAUCAGGACUUCUAUGUUGGUUCAACUCCGUCCCACAUGAAAUUGCUGUGAAACUGCUCAGUUCCGACCUAGGGCCUCUGUGCGGUUUCGAGGGCCUACUGAGUCUGUAUUCCACUGAGAAAGCAAUGUGGGGUGACAUGGUGGUAGCGGUGGAAGAUUUGCAGACUGUUCUAUUUACCCUAACUAAAGUUGGACAUAGUAAUACAGCAACGCCGCAAGUGUCCGGGGCGCGAGGCAGUUUGACGAUUAAUAUUCCAGUCUCCGACGCUCUUUAUUCAAAAUUCACCAAAAAAGAGCACUUAAGUUUUACGAUAACUGCGGUGUUUUUUAAUAUCGGUAUAAAUGAUAAAGCGACGUUAGCCGAAGCGCUCGGUGAGACAACGCCACAGUAUCACUCCAAUAACGACAACCUGGAUCGUCUGAACAAAUACUACCAUAAGUAUUGUAAGAUAUUCCCAGCCGACUAUCUAGCUGCUAAUAGAGCGUCGUCCCGGAUGAAACCUCUAGAAGAAGUAAUGGAGACCCUCAAGAUAGCCGUGCAUAAGAAAGUGCCAAAAAAUAUAGAAGUGUUGCAUUUAGCUGCGCUUGCGACGCGCCAUAUGAACGGUAUAAGGUUCACAUCGUGCAAAAGUGCCAAAGACAGGACUGGUAUGUCGGUUACAUUGGAGCAGUGUUCUAUACUCUCUGCCGAAUAUCAUCUCGCUGAGCACGAGAUGAAAAAAGCCAUAAACAUUAUGAGGAGCGAGGGCUGCCGUCGCGAGAAUACUUAUAAAAAUAUUGGAGUAAAGAAAUACGCAUUUACAAAGAAGCAGGUUAUGGCUUUGCCCGAGGAAUAUCGGCCGCCGGCUGGCACUUAUGGAUCAUCACAUACAUAACAACUAUACAUUUCCCUUUCUUCUAGCAUUCCAUGACGUAAUCACUUCUUAAUUUUAAUUGUUAGCAGUACCACGCUCGCGUGAUUGCCAGUUGGAGAUACGUAAUGCGCGUACACGCAGAGGGAUAGAGACAGAGCGAUUCGUUUCGAUAGGAGUGCGAGCGAGACAAGUGUUCUACUGUUAUGCGUUAUCGUUAACUAUUGCGUGGAAAAAAGUCGAAUAGUAUGAUACAAGAUACACCAUUUUUUAUAAUAGAAAAUUGUUAUACUUAAUUUGAAAAUGUAUGUCUUUGGCAUAACUUCUACAGCCACUGUUAGGCUUUAGCAAACUUAAUUCAUAAUAUGAAAUACAGGCUCUUACUGAUCUGAACGCAUUCUGGCGAUAGUGAAUUAGACUGAUGUUUUCUAUGGUCAUGAGAUGAAGUAUCUUGCGAAAUUUUAGUUCCAUCAAACAUUCCCACUGAAGAUAUUAAGAUUCCAUUGACAGAGAGAUAAAGAGAAAGAGAGGGGAUUAGGGGAGAGGUUGGUAAAAGCUGAAUUUUAAGUUUUUAGGGUAGAUUUUUUGUAUUAGAUUUUUAGAGAGUAGCCAGGAUAAAGUUGUGGAAUAUACUAAAUGUUACUAAAAAUGUCCUGUCAAUUUUUCUGUAGGAUUGCUAGUUUAGAAGAUAAAGUGUACAACCCUUUUUUCAAGAUGGCGGUCGCGACCCUAUAAACUUGAGGUUAAGCUCAUACUGACCUAUCCUACACAUCUUAAAUAUACAAUUGUGUCCUAUGAGAAACUCAACUCAAUGUUUUUUUUUUCAAUGCGCUAAGAUUCAAAAUGCCACAGAUAUUAUAUGCAAUAAACGAAUUAAGGAAACAAAAUUCUCAACCAUAAUUACAGUUAUUAUGAUUGGAAAUGAUCAUGUUCGUUUUACACUUUUCCUCAAAUGAAAAACGUUUCUAAAGAGGAAAUCGUUUCGUUAACUUCAAUGUAUUGAAUUUCACUUACUGUUAGUUGAUCCUUUCAUUACGGGUACCAAUUUUUUCAAUUUUGAUAUCUGUUUAUCGGGAAUCGAUUAGAAAUGUUUGAUUAGAACAUUUAGUUUUGCAAGUACUUUGGAGGGUUAUUUUAUUAUUCGAGAGUACACACGUGAAAAGGGGAAUACUCUUCCUUUUUGUAAUACAUACUUAACGCGCCGUAUUAUAAAUAAAGGUAUAACUGUAUUAUUAAAAUCGGUUGAAAUAAUGAUCAUUGUUGUGUUAAGCUUUAUUUAAUUUAUUAAUUUAUUAUUGAAACUCGUUAAAUGAUCGUACUGGUUCGCGGUUCAAAAUAUGUGUUAUUGUAUUUAUAUGUUACAUUGGAAGUAAAGUAGGUACUUAAAUGGUACGCUUAAUGUUGUGUUCUUGUUAAUUUAGAAAUAUGACAUAAACUUAAAUAUAAAAUAUCACGUACUUAUUUUUAUAUUGUGGACUUUUAAUUUACAAUUUUCGCUUAAAAUAAGUUUAAGUUUGUUAACUCAUAAAUUUUAAAACUACAUGCUUUGUAACUUUAAACGACACUUAUAAAAACCAAAACGCAUUAUUUUAUAAUUAACUCAUUAUUAUAUGAUAACUAAAUAAUACAUUUGAUGUGGAUUUUAAUUAGCAUAACACAAGUUAUUCAGUAAGAAAUAUGAGUAGAGAUGGUUUUGAAUGUUAAUAGACUACGGCUCGCGUUUAAAAUUGGUGGUCAUUUUAACCACUUGACUGCUACAGACCUGUUUAGAAGGAUACAGCAGCAUAAAAUGAUAUAGUUUAUACACUGUUUUCCUUCACAACAAUUACUUCUGGCUGCUCCGUGUAGGUAUGUAGCUGCUCCAAACUCUAUGGGAAAGUUUUCAAAUUCAUUAAAAUAGUCUGACUUUGUAGCAUAUGUUUCAAUACGGCGCUACAUGUUUUUUUUUUCAUCCAUGUAUCGAUAGUAAAAUGCCAUACAUAAAUAUAUGGCGUGAUGUAC